UGGUCACGCGACCCUCGGUCUUGCACUUAAGGGCGGGCCUCCCUCAUUUUGAAAGAUCCGCGCGCACUUCCAGAGCUGCGGUUCACUCGCCGACUGGGAUGUCGGUGUUGCGGCCGCUGGACAAGCAGCCUGGCCUGAACACGGCCACCAUCUUGCUGGUGGGCACGGAAGAUGCUCUUUUGCAGCAGCUGGCCGAUUCGAUGCUCAAGGAGGACUGCACCUCGGAGCUGAGGGUCCACCUGGCAAGGUCCCUCCCUCUGCCCUCCAGUGUGGAUCGGCCCCGAAUUGACUUGAUCGUGUUUGUGGUCAACCUUCAUAGCAAAUACAGCCUCCGGAACGUGGAGGAAUCCCUGCACCAUGUGGACGCCACCUUCUUCCUGGGGAAGGCAGCCUUCCUUGCCACCGGCGCUGGGCGAGAGAGUCACUGCAGUGUCCACCGAAACACGAUCGUGAAGCUGGCCCACACCUACCGAAGUCCUCUGUUCUUCUGUGACCUGGAGCCACAGGCUCCCCAAGGGCUGGACCUGACCGCCUCCCACCUGCUGACCAGGAGAGGACCCCACAGAUGUGUGUGCCGUGGUAGCAGUGGGUUGAGGCAAGCACUGUGGAUUCAUGCAGGGCACAGGGCCAGGCAGGUGACUAGUCGGUACUGGCCACUGCCGUUUUCCUGGUUGCUGUGCCGUUCCCUGGGCCUCGUCUGCUCCUCCCUAGACAUCCUGGGGGAGUCACUCUCCCCUCCAUCCCUGUGUUCCGAGGUCUCAGCAAGCCUUCCCGGGCCCCCCCCACCCAGGCCCUCCCUGCCACCCUUCCCUCCUGAAAUUGUCUCCCCAGCACUUCCCAGCCCCUUACCUACUGUACGGUUUCACCAUUUAGGUUUUGUCCCGGUUGUCUCCCCAGAAUGUAGAACAGUGCCUGGUACAUAGUGAAUCUCAGUAAAUAUUUGGUAAACGAAUGGAGAUGUCUGCUCACGGAGUCGGCCUGUGCAUCAUUCAUACGGGACCAAAAACCUGAAGGAGGUCCAGAGCCAGCAGCCCUUGUCCCCGCCUGGUGACUUGAAUGAGGCCUGAGGGAAGGCAGCCGCUGGGGAGGCUCCCUGCUCUCUCACCUCCCCACCCCUGCCUUACAGCAGCCUUCCGCCUUCCACCUGCUGGCCUGGAACCCAGAGAGGGGGACUCUACUCCCUGUGGCUGAGAUGCUAAUGAGCUGGGGUCUCCAUUCUGACCUCACUUUGAGGGCCGUGUCCUCUAUCUCCGGGCCAUGCUGAGAACGGGCUGCCCUGGCCAGCAACCCCGAGGAGCGUUAGACUGCGCGUGUGUGUGUGCACGUGUGCAUGUAUGGAGGUGGGGAUGAGGGCUGGAGGACAGGCAGCUUGGGCCUGUGAAAAUCUGGGCAAGGAUUUUGUAACUGCUUCAUGGAAGGGCGUAGCUGCCCUUGCACAGCUUGGAGUCAGGGGGAGAAGGACCGGGGACUCUCCAGCCCCACAAGGACUUUGUAUCCAUCCCCUGCCUCUCCCACCCCUUGUCCUAGUGUCCAGAGGCCCAAAGCCACAUUCUUCCCGCUGUCCCCAGCGAGAGGGACUUUCUGGCAGUGUCCUAUUUGUCAGAGCUAAACACACGAGAAAGGCAAAGGAGUCUCUACCCUGGGGACCCUGGCCGCUCCUGCUCCUGUGACGAAAUCGAAGGGGAGAGCCCGCAGGGCCCAGGAGGGCAGGGAAGCCAACAGAACAGCUCACACUUGGGACCCCUGUAUGAAUCACAAUACCUGCUCUUCUGCAAGAACUUACGUGAGAAUUUAAAGGCGCAAGGCAGAAUAGGAGGAAAAAGUCCACGGGCUCCCUCUGGGGACAGCAGGGAAAGGCCCCUUCUUACUCACAGAUUUCUGUAUUGUUUGAGGGUUUUUUCAUGAGAACGUGUUCAGGUAUUACAGAAUUACAAUAAAAGCAAUUUUUACGUCAGGAGCGCAUGCA